CGCGCGCGCGGUCCCGAGCGUUGCCAGCCCCGGCCCGGCAGCGGCGGGCUGCCUUCCCUCCUCCUCCUCCUCCUACUCUUCCUCCUCCUCCUCUCCCUUCUCCCCUCACGGCGCUCUCCCGCUCAGCACCGCCCGCUCGCGGCCCCGUUCAGCGCUGCCUCCCGUCUCCCUCCGCUCCGGAGGACGCGGGGCUCCGCCGGCCGCGAUUCGGGGAUGAGGCGGCGAUAGCGGCAAGAUGGUGGAUGUUGACGUUGGUGCGGGUGGAGAGAGCGGCAGAAGGAAGAUGGAUGCCUUGGGUGAUAGCGCGGUGGAGAUCGUCCCUUUGGAGCUGUAUGAUUCAGCCAGAGCGAAAAUAGCCGCUAAUCUACAAUGGAUCUGCGCUAAAGCCUAUGGAAUAGAUAACGUCCCCGAGGAGCUGAAGGACCCGUUCUACAUAGACCAGUAUGAGCAGGAGCACAUCAAGCCUCCCGUCAUCAAGCUGCUGCUGUCCAGUGAGCUGUACUGCCGCGUCUGCAGCCUGAUCCUCAAGGGCGACCAGGUGGCAGCGCUGCAGGGCCACCAGUCGGUGAUCCAGGCGCUGUCUCGAAAGGGGAUUUACGUCAUGGAGGGCGAUGACACACCUGUGUCUGAAUCCGAUCUGGGCUGCGCACCGAUCAAAAUGAGCUCUCACAUGGCCAUGAUUGACGCCCUUAUGAUGGCCUACACUGUAGAAAUGAUCAGCAUUGAAAAGGUGGUCGCUAGCGUCAAGCGUUUCUCUACAUUCAGUGCCUCAAAAGAACUGCCCUAUGAUCUGGAGGAUGCAAUGGUUUUCUGGAUUAACAAGGUGAACCUUAAAAUGAGAGAGAUAACAGAGAAGGAGAUCAAAUUAAAACAGCAGUUAAUGGAAAGUCCAGGGCAUCAGAAGUCUCCUUCCAAAUGGUAUUGGAAAUUAGUACCUGUGCGUUACCGAAGAGACCAUCUGUCAAGCAGGCAAUUACCUUACUUUCCUUUGCUGGAGGACUUGAUGAAGGAUGGUAGUGAUGGUGCUGCUCUGUUAGCUGUGAUACACUAUUAUUGUCCAGAGCAAAUGAAGCUAGAUGAUAUUUGUUUGAAGGAGGUGACAUCAAUCGCUGACAGCCUUUAUAAUAUUCAACUCUUGAGAGAAUUCUCAAAUGAAUAUCUAAACAAAUGCUUUUAUCUCACACUGGAGGACAUGUUGUAUGCUCCUUUAGUUUUAAAGCCUAACGUCAUGGUAUUCAUUGCGGAACUCUUCUGGUGGUUUGAGAACGUCAAACCAGACUUUGUGCAACCAAGAGAUGUUCAGGAAAUAAAAGAUGUUAAAACAGUGUUGCAGCAGAAGAGCAGCCGCCCACCCGUUCCCAUCUCCAAUGCAACUAAGAGGAGUUUCAUGGCCAGUCCUGCUUGUACCAAUCCAGCAGACAUGCAGCCCUCAGCUCAGGCAGGCUCUGAAGCUUGCAGUAGGUACUACCUGCACCCUGAAGAACCUGACUACCUUGGCAAAGGAGGAAGCCCUGCCUUUAGCCCUUCCCAUCCACUGCUCCCUUUGAGACAGAAACAGCAAAAAUCUUUACAGGGUGAAGAGAGCCCUGGUCAUCGACAUCGUUCUAAUUCUCUGACCCGUGUUGAUGGGCAGCCACGAGGUUCAGUUCUUGCAUGGCCAGAGAAGAAACCCAGGCCUCUGUCUCAGCCAACACCAUUUGCUCUUCAUCAUUCUGCCAGUACUGAUGUGGACCCUGGGUCUGGUGAUAGCAUUAGUCUGGCUAGAUCAAUCAGCAAAGACAGUCUUGCUUCAAACAUCGUUAACGUAACUCCAAAAAACCAGCCCCAUCCUCCAUCAUUGAAAACUAAUGGGAAGAGCUUGCUGAACAAUGUUGAAAUUGAGGAUGAAGAUGAAGAGCUUAUUGCAAUAAUCAGAUCUGAAGAAAGGCCAAACCGUGGUGACGUGGAAUUGCAGAAUGCAGCAGCCAGAGUACCCAGCAGAGCUGCAACUGCGUGGUCUCCAAAAAUAAACAGCGAGUCUUCAGAAAGCAAACCAGACAGUUUCUACUUGGAGCCUUUAAUGCCUGCAGUUCUAAAGCCAGCAAAGGAGAAACAAAUAAUAAAUAAAGAGGAUGAGUGUGGGGAGGGGAAGCAAAGGAGUUUUAUAACAAAGAGAUUAAAUGAGGGACACUUGCCUUUGAUUCGCAAGAAAACAAGUAGUGGUCAUGGCGACCAUGAUCUCAGUAGGACUUUUACUCCAAUUUCUAGUUCUGAUUUCACUCCAGUUACUGAGUCUGGUGCUGCAGACACAGUAGCCCUGGCGGAGGCAGGGUUGGAAGCCUCCAGACCGUUAGCUAGUAGCAGUUUAGAUCCUUCUGCUCAGGAUCAACCCACUGGAGGAUUUUUUCUUCACGCUGCUAAAUCUGAUGAUGACAUAGCUAGUAAAGUCAAUGUAAGUUAUGUAAAGAGUCUCAAUUUACAUGUUCCGGAUACUACGUGGACUAUGGUGAGACAGGACUCUGAUUCUGAUCUCUUAGACAUAGAGGACGCUGAACAGGACCUGGGAGUCUUAGACGACCAUCCUAUAGUUGCUAAAUACAUAGGUGAGGAAGAAUCUGCAAAGCUGCAAGAAGACAUGAAGGUAAAAGAACACGAAGAUAAAGAUGAUGCAAGCGGGCGCUCCAGCCCGUGUCUGAGUACCAUCUCCCAAGUGAGCAGUGUGUCCAUGGCCAGUGGCAGUGUCCGCAUGACCAGUUUUGCAGAACGAAAGCUUCAGAGGCUUAACAGCUAUGAAACUAAGUCCAGCACAAGUAGUUCACAAAAGACCACGCCAGAUGGAUCAGAAAGCUGCCCAGCUCCGCUGACCACGUGGAAACAGAAGAGAGAGCAAAGCCCCAACAGACCAAACAAAGAUAAUGUUAAUCUUCUAGCUUCUGAAUUGGUGCAGCUUCAUAUGCAGUUGGAAGAGAAACGAAGAGCAAUAGAAGCUCAGAAGAAGAAGAUGGAAGCCUUAUCAGCAAGGCAGCGACUAAAAUUGGGCAAGGCAGCUUUCUUGCAUGUUGUUAAGAAAGGGAAAUCUCCCGAUGUUCCACAACCACUUAAACCAGAACAUUUUCCAAAAGAAUACCCUCGGCAGAAUGGUGAAGACUUAGAUGAAGUUUCUUUGGGUUCUAAGUCUGAAGAGUAUUUUGUGAAGGAGGAGGAAAGAGAAGACGUGCUUAACGAUUCUCAAGAGGUAACAAAAGUAAAAAUGCAAGAAAGCAUAGCUUUUGAGCAACACAAACCAAAAGACUCUGCUGCUAUACAUGAAUUGGAAAAAAGUAAAAUUAUUUCUGCUGCCCUUCUGGAAGACAGCGUUACAGAAGUAGAUAUUAAUGAAUGUGAUCUUUCUAUUGAAAAGCUCAAUGAGACAAUCAGCACACUUCAGCAGGCUAUAUUAAAGAUUUCUCAGCAACAGGAACUGCUUAUGAAAUCUCCAUCAGUGCCGUCACCAGGAACCAGAAGUAACUCUCAGGACCAAAAGGUAAAACCAUCAAUCCAUUUUGUUGAGCCCCUGUCACCAACUGGAAUGAACAGUCUUCGUAAACCGCCUCGCUUCGGUCAGGGCAGGAGUCCUCGAUCAGGAAGACCAGCUGAUUUGAAAGUCCCUAAAGACAGACAGCAGAACUCAGCACGUGUUAAAACCCCAACACAAAGUCUCGAAACCUUGCCGCAUUUAAGACCAUUUCCAUCCAAUAGCUUGUUGAAGACGCCGACAGAAAUAGGCUCUGAAAUUAGUCCUGAUCUGGGAAGUGGGUCUCAAGAAAAGUGUUUCUUUGAUACCUACAGACUUCAUGAUGAGAGUAAUCAGCGGGCACUUGUUCUCUCCACCUCUAAAGAUGCAAAUAUCAUUUCUGAGAUGAGCAAAGAGGUGAAUAACAGCUUCAAAGAAACAGGGUUGAAUUCUUCUGAUGGCUCAGGAAAAGAAAAUGUCCCUGUGGAUGAGCCACUGAGGAGCAAGGCUAAUCUCAUUGAAGUAGAUUUGUCUGACUUAAAAGCUCCAGAUGAAGGAGAACUUGAGAACCAGGAUAGCUCUGCAGAUAUAAUUAGCGACGGUGACCAGAAGUCUGGUGUGGGAUUUUUCUUCAAGGAUGAACAGAAAGCAGAAGAUGAGUUGGCGAAGAAACGUGCGGCGUUCCUUCUAAAACAGCAGCGCAAAGCUGAGGAGGCUCGGCUUCGGAAACAGCAGCUGGAGGCUGAAGUAGAGCAAAAAAGAGAUGAAGCUCGUCGCAAAGCUGAGGAGGACAGGAUACGCAAAGAAGAGGAGAAGGCUCGUAGGGAACUUAUCAAGCAAGAGUAUCUAAGGAAAAAACAGCAACAAAUCUUGGAGGAGCAAGGGCUUGGAAAGCCCAAAUCAAAGCCCAAGAAGCCCAGGCCCAAGUCAGUCCAUCGUGAGGAAUCUUACAGUGAUUCAGGGACAAAGUGUUCUUCGACUCCUGACAAUUUGAGCAGCGCCCAGUCUGGUUCCAGUCUUUCUUUGGCCUCAGCAGCAACAACAGAACCUGAGAGCGUACACUCUGGUGGCACGCCGUCUCAGAGAGUUGAAUCUAUGGAGUCGUUACCAAUAUUGAGCAGAAAUCCUAGCAGAAACACAGAAAGAGACUGGGAGAAUGCUUCAACUGCAUCUUCUAUUGCUUCAGUGGCAGAAUACACAGGUCCAAAAUUAUUUAAGGAACCCAGCAGCAAAUCAAACAAACCUAUCAUUCACAAUGCUAUAUCUCACUGCUGUCUUGCUGGAAAAGUGAAUGAACCACAUAAGAAUUCAAUAUUAGAGGAGCUUGAAAAAUGUGAUGCCAACCACUACAUCAUUUUGUUCCGUGAUGCUGGCUGCCAGUUCAGAGCACUUUACUGCUACUACCCAGAUACUGAAGAAAUCUACAAGCUGACUGGAACGGGGCCAAAGAGCAUCACCAAGAAAAUGAUUGACAAACUUUACAAAUACAGUUCAGACAGAAAACAGUUCAAUGUGAUUCCAGCCAAAACCAUGUCUGUUAGUGUGGAUGCUCUUACCAUCCACAACCACUUGUGGCAAGCCAAGCGACCUGCAGUGCCAAAGAAGACUCAGACUCGUAAAUGACACUGAGCUCCUGGGGAGGAGAUUGCUGGAUGGGAUUGCAUCAAAUGAAGACAUGUUUACUGUUUUCCUCUGGUUUGGUAUGAAAUGUGCAGAACCAUAAACAUUUUUUAAGAAGUUUCUAAACAGAAACCGUGGAUGCAAGUAAUUAAGAAUGAAGGAACAUUAUCAGUGUUUUUUAUGAAUGAGAAAUCUGCUGUUACACCCAAUGCUAACUACUGUGGCUUUCAACUGAUGAGGGACUGUGCAUGUAGCAAGAUCUUUAACAAGUGGGUUUCCUUUUACUUGAAGCUUUCCAUCGGUACAAAUUGGGAAUUACUUGGUUUUGUUUCCGCCUCAUUGCCGCCUCCUUCCUGUCGUUCUUAAAGCUGGCAAGCUCUGAACUUCAGCAGAAGAUGGAACAGAUCUCGGGUGAAGUGCUUUGGGUUUGGUUUGGUUUUUUAAAGCAGUCUUUAGGGAAAUCUUCCUUUCAGACUUUUUUGAGGCACUGUUUGAUAUAUCCAAUAGCUGCUCUGUAUCUACUGCCAACGCGAGCCCAGCUCUCAGACCUCUGAAAAAGAGCCCCAACCUGUGCUGCUCAGAACAGAGUUCUUGCAGUGUCUGUUUGGAAUAAGCAUUGCAAAAGCCAGUCUUUUUUAAAAACAAACAAAAAGCGACUAAAAGUUGUUCACAAAUGGAAAGAUCUGUGGAAUACAAUCAUGAAGAGGCAUACAGGUGCUGCUGGCUGGAAUGUGCCUGCUUGAAACUUGAGGCAAGCAAGCUGAACGGAGCACAGUUGUUAUCAGUUUCAGGUAGUGUCCUAAGGAUUUGUUUGCUUUAAUAAAGAUGGAUUCUGGUAGGUAUAGAACAUGUCCACUCUGAGCACGCUACUCUGUACGAUGGUGCACUUAAGGAUCACAAAUUUUAAUGUUUUUAUUAUAUCAUGAAAUGUAAUUCUACUUUCUCUGUCCUGUCUUUCUUCUGAAUGAGCAGCAUGCUCGAAAAUGAAGAGUGUGUACGUUUUUUUUAUUUUGGGUGAUAUAUUAAUAUAUAUUGAUUUGUUUUUCUCAUUUAAGAGCGAUUUUUAAACAGAGAUGUUUGCAUUUGUUUCAAAAGCCCAAAAAAGUCGAAUGGCUUGGAUUUCUUUUCAUGUUGAAAUAUUAAAUCUUGAGUCAUGACCUUAAAAAUCCUCGUGUUUCAGCAGGUUACGUUUGUCUCUGUGGUGACAGGGUGUAUUUGCAGUUCCGUUCCAGUUCUUAAGGUGCUCCCAUGUCUGCUCAGGCUGCACCUCCCAGUAGGUUUCUGUGGCUCCUACACGACUCAGCCUGCUGGGCAGCCCCUGCUCCAUCUGGGUGACUGCCUGCGGGGCGCCUCGCUUUCUAACUUUGGUUUGCACAUGUUUACUUUUCUUUGGAGUGUUACUUGAAAACAUCCCUUGUGAGUGCUGGAGGCACCGCACCAACCUAGAGAUGAACUGAGCUCUGCAAUAGAAUGCAGUGUAAUUAGUCAACGUUGAGAGUAAUGGAAGUCACGACAAGUUAUGUACAUCAGGGGAAAGUAGGGUACGUAAUGAAGAGCUAACUAGGUAGAGUGGAGUGAGGGUCUUCCAUGGUGAUCUCUCCAUCUUUUUGUCCCCUUCCAGUACUUCUUGAUAGGCUGCUGCAACUUUGUAAAUGAUGUUAGAUAGUUUGCUGCUUGUAAAUAAUUAAAGGCUUUAUGGUUUCUAAAGUGCUAAGUAUUAAACACCGUCAUGAGUGUAACUUUUGUUACCAUGCUUUUCAUGCUUGUGCUUUAUUUCUCACUGUUUGAUAUUAUAUACCAUAUUUAUUUUAUGAAAGCACUGAAAUUUAAUAAAAAUCAUUAACUGA